UAAAAUUACAUUAUACUGAGGAGAAAAUUUUGGUGCUGGCCGCGCAUGUGGAUUUUCGUGUCCAGUCGCCUUUUAUCUUUCUCCCUUUUCUAACUUUUGUUUUCUGCAACAAAUUUGGAGCAAUGUCUUCAGCUGCAAUUUCCUUCAUUUCAAGCCCAAACUCUCUCACCCUCUGCAGAGAUGCAAUGCUUUUUAACUCCAUAACCAGUUGCAGUUGCAGAGUCUCUCCUUUGAAACCACCGUCUUUUGGCAGUAUCUUCAUCAAAAUCCCUUAUGGGUCCUUUAAGAAGGCUUCCUUUUUCACUUCCUCCAGGCCCUUUUCUCCUGUCAUGGAAUGGCAGGAUUGCACGGCAAAAAUGGAAAUCGAUGUGCCUGCCUCAGUGGCUUACAAAUGUUACUCUGAUCGUGAAGCAAUUCCCAAUUGGAUGCCAUUUAUUUCAUCUGUCAAGGUAUUAGAAGACAAGCCUGACUUGUCACGGUGGUCGUUGAAAUAUAAAGCAUUUGGUCGUGAUCUUGAAUACUCUUGGCUUGCUAGAAAUAUGCAACCCAUCCCAAAUCAGAAAAUUCAUUGGAGAUCUCUGGAAGGACUUCCUAACAGGGGUGCUGUUCGAUUUUAUCCAAAAGGUCCCUCAUCAUGCCUUAUAGAAGUACUUCAACCUUUCCUUGAAAAUUUACUCAAACGUGGUUUGGAUCGGUUUGCAAUAUUUGCUCAAAGCUCAGGCUCAACAAGAUAAUCAUCUCACUGGUUGAUCCGACCUUGGGCUAAUAAUUCCACUGAUUCUUUGAUGUGAAUGUUUCUCCCAAUAAAUAAAAUUGUCCUAUGCUCAAUUGCAAUAUGAAUUGUGUUGGAUAAUGAAAGGACUGGUACAUAAUUUUCACUAUUCUCUUAUCAAUUUAUCCUGCUUUAGAUUAUGAUAUUUUAACUUAGUAGGCAAGUAUUUGUUGUAAAUGCAUUUUUUUUUGUGGGAUUGGAAUGUGAUUUGAAUAAGCGCAUCAAUUAUUUAUUCAUGAGGUCUGCUGUGUUGACCUGCAAAACCCUUGAUAAUAACAGAUUUCACAUGUUAACCUGUAAUAAACCGGAUAUGUUGGUAUUCGUGGUUUUAGGCGAUUCUUGCUUUUCUCACUCUCCUUAUUGUAGCAACAUUUCUGUUUUAAAGUGUGAACUGUAACAAAUGAAAUAAAGUAUACUACACUGAUGUGUACGCAGAUUGUGUACUUCGAUUUUAUAGCAGAAUAACUUGUGUUUAGUAGAACGAGAUCGUUAACAGCUUACCGGAAACUUACUAAUUCAAAUGCUCAUUCUUAUGUACUCAUCCCUAGUUAAUGUCUUAUGCAUGUAUUUAUAUGCAUUU